UAUAUUUCAACCCACACGCAAUCCUCCCCCCUCCCUCCGUUCUCUCUCUCUCCGCUGCAACCCCAAACAAAUACAACACCGUUGCACGACAUUCAAAGCCCUUCUUCUUUCUAACCCAUCUCUCCACUUCCCUCCACUCCAUUAUAUUAUUCUUUUAUUUGUUAUUUUUGUCAUAUAAAUAAAUAAAAAGAAAGUUAAUCCUUUUUUUUUUUCUUCCUUUCUACUUAAAUUUUGCUUAGUGAACAUUGAAGGCUUUACUCAUUUGGGAUGAACCAAGUAACUAAAGUUCAGUUCUCUUUGCGCGUGUCCUGUUUUCUUCUCCAAUCCUCCAAGCUCAUGCUCGAAAACCCAUUUCAUUUUAUCUCAAGUUGACCCUUUUAUUCAAUCUUAAUGAUAUAUAUAAAGUCUUUUACCCAAAUGGACGUUAAGCUCUGGCACGACAAGUGGGAGGGAGAAAUGUAUAAAACUUUCGUGGAGUUGUAUGCCAUUAUCAAAACAUCUGAGAAGCUUGGGAAGAAGGCUUAUGUGAGGGAUAUUGUUUUCUCAUCAUCUGAAUAUGAAACUGAGUGCCAAAAGCUUAUUUGCCAUGUCCCUAGCAGUAAAUGUUCUGCAUUUACAUAUAAAAUAAAUCGUCUGGGAACCUAUGGGGUGCCUGCCAUUGCUGCAUCUGCUACUUCCUCUGCUGCCAUUGUGGCUGAAUGCGUGCUGAAUUUCGUUACUGCCAUCAUCGAUUCUCUGAAACUCAAUAUGGCGGCAGUUGAUCAAGUGCAUCCUCUGUUGCCUGACCUCGCAGCAUCACUUGAUAAGUUUGGUAUUUUGCCACCUGAUUUCAAAGGGAAGUUGAAGAUGAAGGAAUGGGUUUCAAGGUUGUCGAACAUGGAGGCAGCUCCAUGACUUGGAACCUUCAUAGGAUACAUUAUAGCUGCUUUGCCCAUUUCUAGUGCUCGGAAGCGAUCCAACAUACAGUUUUUUAUUUUUUUCAAGUGUUGCUAACUGCUGGAUUCUUCUCAGUGAUAUCCGUAAAGCUGAUAACGGCAUAUAAAUCUUGGCAAUUAUUUGGUUGUUAAGCUUCUGCUGAUCACGGAGAAAAUAUUUAUGGGGCCACUUGUGAAAAUCAAUUCCUGCUUUGAUUUUGUUUUGUUUUGUAUUGUAUUGUAAUUGCUGCGAAUUUUCAAUUAAAGUCAAUGUGGUUCAUGUCAUUUAAUAUAAGAUGUUUCGGACUUGUAGCUUA